AUGAUGUUGCAACAGGGUUCUCUUAUUCUUCUAUUAAUAGUUUUUUUUACUGGACAUAUUCAAGGACAAUUUCAUCGUUUUUCAUAUCCACAUGGGAAACAAAGUCAUCUUAAAACGAAUGAUGAUCCUGGUGAACCUUUAUUUCUCACACCCUAUCUUGAACAGGGUAAAAUUGAAGAAGCAAGAAAAUUAAGUUCUGUUGAACUGCCUCCGUAUACACGUCAAUCGUUUUCGGGUUAUUUAACUGUUAAUAAAACAUGUAAUUCUAAUAUGUUCUUUUGGUUUUUUCCUGCACAAAAUGGUAAUAGAAGUGCUCCUGUUCUUCUUUGGUUACAAGGUGGUCCCGGUGCAACAUCACUUUUUGGUUUAUUCAAUGAACAUGGUCCUAUACAAGUUAAUAACGAUGGAAGUCUAUCUGAACGUCCAAUAACAUGGAAUUCUUUAUAUAGUCUUUUAUAUAUUGAUAAUCCAGUUGGUACUGGUUAUAGUUUUACAUCGAAUGAUGAAGGUUAUACUCGUUCACAAGAUGAUGUUGCACGUGAUCUUUAUUCAGCAUUAACACAAUUCUUUCAAAUCUAUACAGAUUAUGCAUCAAAUCCAUUCUAUGUAACAGGCGAAAGUUAUGCUGGGAAAUAUGUACCAUCGAUAGGAUAUAAAAUUCAUGUUGAAAAUCAAAAUCCUGAAGUCAAAGUUAAAAUUAAUCUAGCUGGUCUUUCAAUGGGAAAUGGAUGGACAGAUCCAUAUAGACAAUAUGUUUAUGGACCGUUACUUUAUCAGAUUGGUUUAAUUGAUGAUAAUCAACUAUUUUAUAUCAAUCUUCAAUCGGAUUUAAUUCGUUACGCAAUUAGUCAAAAACGUUUUACUGAUGCAUUUACUCUAUCAGAUUCUCUAAUCGAUGGUGAUCUUAUAAAUACAACAUCGUAUUUUACAAAUGUUACAGGUUUACGUGCUUAUUUUAAUUAUAUUCAAACAGGUGAACCUUCAUCUUUCUCAAAUUAUGUUCCAUUUAUAACAAAUGUUGAUCGUCGUCGACAAAUUCAUGUUGGAAAUUUAACUUUUCAUGAUGAUAAUAAAGUUGAAACAUAUCUUAUGAAUGAUGUUUUUCAAAGUAUACCAUUCGAACAAUUAACAACACUUUUUGAUAAUUAUAAAAUCCUUAUUUAUAAUGGUUUAUUAGAUAUCAUUUGUGCUGAAAGUUUAACAUUAAAUUGGAUUAAAGAUUUAGAAUGGAGUCAUUCACAAGAAUAUAAAAAUGCUAGUCGACAAAUAUGGAAAAUUUAUGUUAGCAUCCGUUCGAAAUGCUGGACAUAUGGUCCCAACUGA